AUGUCUUCUCGACAAAAAAUUUAUGUUGGUUUGGCCGUUUCUGCUAGUGUUUGUACAGGCAUAGUUUUAUUUCUCUAUUUACGUCAUCGACGAAAACUAGCAUUAUCAAAAACUCCAAAUUCUAAAACAUCAGCCUCAAUUUUUUCUCAUCGUGGUUCUCAAUAUACCGAUAUAACAUCAUCAUCAUCCGACAAUGUUAGUGGUAAUUCGGAAUCAGUCAAAUUCCGAAGUGAUGAAAAUCAAGGUGCUACAGUUGAAGUUGAUAUUCCUGGUGGUUGUAUUCCGUUGACAACAGAUCAAGCUAUUGUGUUAAUGCGUUUUCUUGAUGAAAGUAAAAACGAUAUUGAACGAUUACAUCGUAUUUUAACAAAUAUUGCAAAUUCAGCAACAAUUAACGAAAGUCAAAUUAAUUUAACAAAUGCUGGUUGUAUAAAUCAUCUUCGAGAUAUUCUUUUAACAACAAAUAAUGAUACAACAAAAUGUAAAAUUCUUUUAGCACUUAAUAAUCUUGCUUUAAAUGAUUAUACUAUAACUCAUUUUAAUGGUAUUGUUUCAAUUGUCAUUAAUUUAUGUCGCACAACAUCAUUAAAUUCAUCUGUACGUUUGUAUGGAUUAAAUUUAUUAAUAAAUAUGUCUGUACUUGAAUAUCUUCAUGAUGAAUAUAUGAAAGAUAUAAAUGAAUUUGAUUUAUUAAUUAAAUCAACAUUCGAAAAUCAAGAUGAAAUGUUAUCAAUUGGAAAAGUUCUUGUUAAUUUAUCAACAAAUAAAUUAAAUAUUGAAAAUUUAUUAAAAAUAACUAGUAUUGAACUUCAAACAAUUGUAAAAUUAUGUACACCAAAUAAAAAAUUAAUUAAUAAUGAUGUAUUAUCAAAACUUGAAGAUAUUCUACUUCGUUAUGUUACUUUUUAUUGUAAUUUAGCUGAAAUGAUUGUAAAUGAACUUCAACAUAAAAGUCAAAGUACAUAUAAUAUUAAAUCAUGGCUUAUUGAUCCAUUACCAUAUCGACAAAGUGCUGUUUAUUUCGAAUUAUUUGAUCAUGAUAAACAAAUGUCAUCUAAAUCAAUUCUUCGUCCUCAAUAUGCAUCAAAUAUAAUAAAUAAACAAAUAAAACGUCUUCGUCAUGCAAUGGAUACAAUACGACAAAUUCAAUUUGAAUCAUCAGUUUUAUCUGUUAAUGAUGAAUUCAAUGAUGAUGAUCAUAUUACAACAGUAACAGAUUUUUCAACACCAAAAAAAUUUCCCGAAUCACCAAUUAUAAUUGAUGAUAAUAAUCUUGAAAAUUCAUUUGAUGUUUUAACAAAAGACGUUAAUGAACAAUUUGAAGAUGAUAAUACAAUUCUUCCUGAUCCAUGUUCACCAUCUGAUCAAUCAUUACCUAGUUUUCGUUCGGCUAAUUCAACCAAUGAAAAUAAUACUUUUACAAGUCUUGAUGAAUCAAUUUCAACUUAA